CUCUUUGGUGAUCAUUUCAUUAAUUCUCAUGACCUUUCUGUUUAAACAGGCAGUGUUAUUGUUGGGAGAAAUUGGAUGGGGUUCACUAUUGGGGCUUAAAGGGAUUAUUAGUUUUAUCAGCUGAUUUGAUAUCAAAAUGAAAUAAAUUUACCUCCAUAAAAAGAGGCAGAAGUUCCAAAAUGGACUGUGACAGGGGCUACCACCUUCCCCCAAUUUAUGGAACAAUUUUGCAGCCUCAUCAAAACGAGGCUGCGGAUGUUGAAGAAUAUUUUUGUCCGCGAGCUAAUCUCUUGUUUUCCCUACAUCAUGCAAGAAUUUGUCACUUGAUUGAAGUCUGGUCUUUUGCUUGAUCGGUGUGAAAUAUACUAAUGUUGUUCAUUAAAAUGUAGUGUUAUUUCUGUUUCUGUUUGUAGAAAGAGGAACAUUUUAAUCCUACUGCCUUCUUUCUUAUCUUGCUGCCACCAAUAAUUUUUGAUUCAGGAUAUUCCCUCCACAAGGUGAGAGCAGAGCAGCAGAAUAGGUUGUAACGUUUCCAUUUUCAAACUAAAAUCAGUGGCAGCCAGUGGUUGCAUACUUGGGCUGUGAAUGUAAGGCUGACGUCGGUACAGUCAAACCGCUGUGAUAAGGAACACUGAGGAGGGCUAGUAACUUUUUACUUAAGGAAGUGACCAUUUUAAAAUGUACACAACAUUUAAAGGCGUUCUUUCCCCAGAAACAAAGCAAACUGUCUGUAAUAAUGAGGUUUCCACAUUAAUCAGGUGUUCAUGAAGCAGGGUUUGACUAAAAAAGAGCAGGCGUUUUCAGAGAAGAUGUAUUUAUGUGUAUAAGUGUUGUUGUUAUGUGUAUAAGACUUGUUGAGCAUGAUUUUGACAGUAACCACAGGAUAUCAUCCAAUGUUUUAAAGCUACAAAUACCUUACACUGUACACGUGCAGGGGAAGGCCUACUUUCAAGAAUGUUUGGAUGUGCAUGUGCCACCACUUGGACUCUUUACAUGUUGUUCAGCUAUACUCAAAUUCUCUCCCUAUCCUAGAGUUGCUAUGUUUCAGAAGCUAUUCUGGCCACCUGCACUGUCCAGCCAAAAAAAAACUUACUGAGCUGUUGGUAAAUUAAGAUUUGUUGAUUUCUUAAUUUUAGUGUCAAUUCCCAGGGUCCCUAGUCCAGACUAAAAUCUUCAACAAGUUGAUCAAUUUCCAGGAAAAUGAUCCCCAAUUCUAAAUCCAAACUCUGUAUACCUUAUCUCACUCUAAACUACUUGAAAUACCCUUGACAGCGGCUUGCACCUAUGUAGCGUAAAAAAGGUGUUGCGCUCCCCCGAGUGUUGUUACUGUAAAGUUAUGGAUUUGUAGGUUUGAUACCGUUUUGGAUUCUUGGUUUAUGCUUUUUUUUUUACUUUGCAGGGUAAUUUCUUUGCCAACAUAGGAUCCAUAGUAGUAUUUGCUGUGUUUGGUACAGCUGUGUCUGCAAUUGUUAUAGGUGGUGGUAUUUAUUUGUUGGGAAAGGUAAGGUUAUAGUAGUGUAUAAAACCAGUGCUGAAAAUUACCAUAUGUAGGACAUCAGACCUUUUGAAAAUGUCUGACUAUUACAACAAUCUUUCCUUGCAGCUAAGACUAUCUAUUUUGAAGAAACUCACAAAUGUCAAAAACGUCCAUGUAUACGACGUAUUCAUGACUCCUAAUAUCCAUACAUUGCUGAACAAGUUUUUGUAUGUCACCAUGACUGCCUAGAAAUUAUAGAAUCGGGUUUCUGACUUGUUACAGCUUAAAACUGUCAGUGAUAGUUUCUAGUUUACAGAGGUUAAUUAUUGUGAAAACAAUCAGGUAAAAAAAAAAACAAAACAAAACAAAACAAAAUGCUAUGCUGUAUCUUAAUAAGCACAACACUGCAUGAUGUUAUAUAUAAAUGGAUACAAAUAAGCAUAUUUUAGUAAAACAUCCUUAAGAACUUCAUCUAAUUUGAGGGAAUGUUUGAAAGCAAAAUUUUAUUUCUGACUUGCAGCAGCUUCCUCUUGAAUAAAAAUCACAUCCAAGCAAAAUUUCACGAACCUGCCAGAUAGUAGGCCCCAGUUGUUCAAAAGCUGGAUAGCACUAUCCAUCAGGCCCCAGUUGUUCAAACGUCGGAUAGCGCUAUCCACCGGAUAAAUCACUAUCCAGCGGAUAGCGUAAUUGAUUUCCGUAUUACUUAUCCGCUGGAUAGUGAUUUAUCCGGUGGAUAGCGCUAUCCAACGUUUGAACAACCGGGGCCAGGUCCCAGUUGUUCAAACGUUGGUUAGUGCUAUUAACCGGAUAAAUGACUAUCCAGCAGAUAAGAAUUAGGGAAACCAAUUGCGCUAUUUAGUGGAUAGAGGCUUAUCCAGUGGAUAGCAUUAUCCACCUUUUGAACUACUGGGACCAGAAAAAGUUCUAUCCAGUGAAUAAGUAUUAGGGAAACCAGUGGCACUAUACACUGGGUAGCGAUUUAUCCGGUCCACCUUUUGAACAACUGGGGCCAGGAUGUGGUGCAAGGCAACAAAUGCUACAUUCAUAGCUUUAGAGGAAAAUCCAUAGAAAAAGAGGCUAAUCGAAGUAAAUGUCAAGUAUACUAAAAAUGAAAUGUUUUCAGAAAAGUGCACAUUCUUUAUAAGUUUAAUAUAUUAAUUUACUUGAAAAGCAUGUUCCAUACUGAGCCUUCUUGCAAAAGUGCCAUGAAGUUUCAAUGUGAGUGAUCUGUGGCAAACUCAUGUUUUCUUUUUGUUUUUGUUUCCUUUUUUGCCUUCAUUUUCAUUGUGGGAUCAAAAGCAGUUGAUUGUUCAGUUUUUAAAUUUAACAUUGCAUCCAAACAUGAAAGUCAAUGUCUUCUUUCAACGAGCAAGUUUAGUGAACAUAAUCUCGAUGUUCGGGCAGUAAAUUUUUCAUAAUGAAUUUUCCUUAUGUUGAAGUAAAAGGUUAAGCUGAUUUAAAUAAUCUUAAUGAUUGUCAUAACUAAGACUAUUAGAUGGCAGAGCAUUUACUGGGCAUUUACAGGUUCUGCAAUAUUAUAUAAUUUGGAUAAAAAUAAUUUAAUGAAUCCAAUGACCUUCCGUUACAGUAUAAUUUGCAAAAAGUAGUUGUGUGGGUGGAGAAAAACAUUACAGUCGACUCCCGAUAAUUCAAACCUUCAAGGGAAAUAGAAAAAAGUUCGAGUUAUCGGGAAUUCGAGUUAUCAAGGGUAAAAUUAUAUAGAAAAUGAUCUGAAGGGAAAUGAAAAUUGCUUCGAGUUAGCAAGCGGUUCGAGUUAUAGAGGGUUCGAGUUACCGGGAGUCGACUGUACUUUUAGCUGCAAAUGUAGCAUUUUCAAGUUAAUGUACCUUCUAAUGGAUGUAUUUUGCUUUUCACCAGGGUGGUGUCGCAUUUCAGCUUGAUUUAAGAGAGAGGUAAGAAACUUGAUCUACAUUCCCGGACAAAAUAGAUGGAAAACUUGGUCAAUUUUCUCUGUCUUCCCAUACACAAAGUUGAAAAUCACAUUCCCCAACUGAACUUUUUAACAAUAAGGCAAGGAGGUAAGGGGACCGCGACGUCCUGCUCAAAAAAUCAGAAGUGUCUAAGUUUUUUUGAACAGGGUUGUAGGUUUCCUGAAGAUGAUGUUAUAGUGGACAAUUCUAAACGACGAUUUUUAGUGCAAUGUUGCGUUAAAACUUGAUGCUGUGUAACAUAUGUGCAUGGACCUUUUCUGGGCAAUUUUUACAUUACAAGUUUUUGAACAGGCGUCAAAAAUUUCAGAUGCCAAAUCAUAAAUUCCACCCAAUUUGUUUUGUGGAUACAUGUGUCAUCAAUUUUCUGUGCAAAGCUCUUUGAGAACCGUUUUUGCUUCCUUUGUUGGACUUAAAUUGUCCUGUAUAUAUCUCUUAUUAGCCAAUUUUUUGGUCUGUACUGUAAAUUACGGACCAAGUUUUUUUCCAUCGAUUUAUUGCCCAAGCGCAAAGCAUGCAGGCCAUAAAUCAAUGCAGCAUGCAAAAUAAGUAGUGUCCGAUAGCCCGGGGCUAGUGGAUUUGCUAUCAGGCUAGUGAAUUCUGUUCUUAACUUGUCCGAUGGGCAAGUUGGGCAAGUGACGUAUUUUGAGGAAUUCAACUUAAUAAUAAUAAUAAUAAUAAUAAUAUUUAAUACUUAUAUUGCGCUUUUUCUAUAAAAAUACUCAAAAGCGCAUUACAAUAUUAUUAAUAACUAAAUUAAAAACCAGUAAACUUACAGAGGAGCUGUGAAAUCAUUUCUGUUCCUCAAAAAAUUUUGAAGGCUAGUUGAAAUGACGUCUGGGCUAGUAAAUGCUAGCUUCAGCUUACCCGAAUGGCAAGCUGUAGAAUUGACUUUUUUUGCACACUGCAAUGGAAAAAAGGUUAGAAGUUUAUUCAGUCAAAACUGAGAGCACUGUAAGUAUUCACUGGCCAAUGUGAUGCUGGAAUCUUUCGAAAACUGGACAUUGUGUCUGGCUUGAAGUUGCUUCCAUCUCUGCCAGUUAAUUUUCGUCUUUUAAACUUUGUACUGCAAUAAAAUUUUCAAACACUGACUAGAAUCCUCUUCUUCGAUAAGAUUACGAUUCACUCUCUUCAUCACCUUCAUUCAUAAAUAUUUCACUGUUACAGUGUUGACGGAUGAAGUCAANCCGGGGCUAGUGGAUUUGCUAUCAGGCUAGUGAAUUCUGUUCUUAACUUGUCCGAUGGGCAAGUUGGGCAAGUGACGUAUUUUGAGGAAUUCAACUUAAUAAUAAUAAUAAUAAUAUUUAAUACUUAUAUUGCGCUUUUUCUAUAAAAAUACUCAAAAGCGCAUUACAAUAUUAUUAAUAACUAAAUUAAAAACCAGUAAACUUACAGAGGAGCUGUGAAAUCAUUUCUGUUCCUCAAAAAAUUUUGAAGGCUAGUUGAAAUGACGUCUGGGCUAGUAAAUGCUAGCUUCAGCUUACCCGAAUGGCAAGCUGUAGAAUUGACUUUUUUUGCACACUGCAAUGGAAAAAAGGUUAGAAGUUUAUUCAGUCAAAACUGAGAGCACUGUAAGUAUUCGCUGGCCAAUGUGAUGCUGGAAUCUUUCGAAAACUGGACAUUGUGUCUGGCUUGAAGUUGCUUCCAUCUCUGCCAGUUAAUUUUCGUCUUCUAAACUUUGUACUGCAAUAAAAUUUUCAAACACUGACUAGAAUCCUCUUCUUCGAUAAGAUUACGAUUCACUCUCUUCAUCACCUUCAUUCAUAAAUAUUUCACUGUUACAGUGUUGACGGAUGAAGUCAACAUCCAAGUCCUCAUGGUUGACAGACAUCUUAUAAGUUUCUUUAAACCUUUGUUAGAGAUUAAGAAUUGCAAAAUGAGCAUUUGCUUUUGAGAUUUUGGUCCGAAUAGCUAGUUUCGGACUGCAAACAUUGACCAAUUGCAUGGCAAAAACAGACUUAGCCAUAUAAUAAAACAUGUUACGUACAGAUUUUACGUGCACAUUAAUUUUGUGUUGCUAGUUUUUUUAUGAAUUGUCCUGUGUAGCAUCUCCUUAAACUUUAAUGCCAUUUUGCAACACUGACAGGAGCUAGAAAUUACCAUUGAGAAUUGUCCUGUGUAGCGUCAUCUUAACCUCUUGCAGAAACAUGAUUAGUUGUGACCUUUAUUAAACAAGCGAAAGAAGGAAUGACAGGCUGGUUGAACAGGGUUUAUUGUAAAGUGACUUUUUGCUUACUAUAUUGUUUUUCCCCUUCACAGUUUUGCAUUUGGUUCUCUGAUCUCUGCAGUAGAUCCUGUAGCAACUCUCGCCAUCUUCCAUGCCUUAGAUGUGGAUCCAACUCUCAACAUGUUGGUUUUUGGCGAAAGUAUUCUCAAUGACGCAGUCUCCAUCGUCAUGACUAAGUAAGAUUUGCUGGCGAGGGAACAUACACGUUAUUCCAAAAUAGGCGCAAAUUUAGAAAGAAAACAAACAGAAAGAAAAGAAAAAAAUUUGCACUCACACACCAACUCUAAUGUACACCAGCAUAAUUUUUGUAGAAAGUUUGUAGGAUGGCAUGUAGAGAUGGGCCAAGCAAGGGCAGACACCCGAGAAGAAAAAAAUAAUAAGAGACAGCACUAAUUUCAUUUCUGUAUUAAACCAUUACUAGUGUUAUUUAACAAUUUUUUUUUCUUUUUUCACAGUACUAUUCUUGAAAUGGGAUCUGAGCAGUAUGCAGACAGCAGUUCUUUUGAGACAUUUUUUUCUGCUGUGGGGAAUUUUUUAGUCAUGUUCUCAGCUUCAGCUGCGAUUGGCAUUGCAUUUGCUUUGAUAAGUGCAUUGAUAUCCUUUAAUGAAAUGGUGUUUUUGUAAACAUGCUAAUUAAUACUGAUGCUCUAGAAUGUCAAUUUGCAUUGGAUUAAUGUCAUGUGAGGCCUGGUGUAAUGGAUAUUUUGUAAUUAUUGCAAAAGCAUUUGUGGCAACAGAUUUAAUUGUUUGCUUAGGAAAAUAUGCUAGUUCUGACUUCUUAUGUGUUACCUGGGAACAUUACGCAUUGUUGCAUUCUCACUCAAAUUAUGAUGUUUUAUUGUACACCAGAAGGCCAGAAGGUUUUGGUUUUUUUGUUUAAUAAUAUUAUACUUUUCUGUUGUUGCUGUCCUUCAGCUUCAGAGCUAACUGAAGUCCAAAUCAUAACCAGAUGUUUAUGUUUUGAGCAUGUUUUUCUUAACUGAAUUUACCUUCUGAAGCAUGUUGAUUUACGUAGCACUCCUUCUCUAGAGCUUGGUACCAUGUUGAUAUUUUCAUAUGCUCCUUACGGUCUCGCAGAAGGUUUGAAGUUAUCUGGUAAGUGUGCUAGACUGUACAUUUUACUUUACUUUCGUGUCUUCUUGGACAAAACAAGCAAAAUUAAACAGAUUCACAGAAAAAUGGAAUCUUAAGUAGUACACAGAACUUUUAACGACACUGUAGUAUUUUCCAUGUCAGCUUGUCACAAGCCUUCAAGCAGCUUUACUACUUUAUAUAACACGGAUCAUGUUUAAAGGGAUAUCUCACAGCUGUCCAGUUUGUUUUGUUAAUAUUGUCAAUUAAGUGUCCUUAUUUGCUGUGGAACUUAAUGUUACCAAAGAAAUUACUUGUAAAUGGCAAAAUCAUAACUUCUUUGUCAAACAUAUUGUUGAGUUGUCACUCUUCAAGUUCCUNGGACAAAACAAGCAAAAUUAAACAGAUUCACAGAAAAAUGGAAUCUUAAGUAGUACACAGAACUUUUAACGACACUGUAGUAUUUUCCAUGUCAGCUUGUCACAAGCCUUCAAGCAGCUUUACUACUUUAUAUAACACGGAUCAUGUUUAAAGGGAUAUCUCACAGCUGUCCAGUUUGUUUUGUUAAUAUUGUCAAUUAAGUGUCCUUAUUUGCUGUGGAACUUAAUGUUACCAAAGAAAUUACUUGUAAAUGGCAAAAUCAUAACUUCUUUGUCAAACAUAUUGUUGAGUUGUCACUCUUCAAGUUCCUUCAGUUCUAGAUCGCACAAAAUUCGGCUUCAAUCGAUUUCAAAAGUUUUGUGUAUUGUUGUCAUAGUGAGAUAGACUUUACGUAAAACUAAAUUUUGAGAAACUUCAAUCCAGAGUCAGUCAGUAGUGGAAAUUUUAUAGCAAUUGGACAAGGAUAAAAUCACUUUCUACGUGAUGGAAAAAUCUUGGUAUGCUCUACGAAAAACUGUAUCUAAACACCUUAAUUUAUUGUUGGUCAUGUGAGUCAAUUGCUAGUGAUAAUCCUAUUUUGAUACCCAAUGGACGAUGAAAGAUUCUCUUUUACAAAAGCCUAGUGAUUGAUUAGUAAUAUUUACAUGUACCCAUUGCAGGUAUAAUGGCUAUUUUGUUUUGUGGCAUUGUAAUGUCACACUACACUCACUUUAAUCUGUCGCCAAUGACUCAAAUUACAGUACAGAGUAUAUUCCGCACAACAGCCUUCAUGGCAGGUACGUUUGUUUGUUUGUUCCUUUUUCUUUUAUUGGAGAGCUUUAGAUUCUAAGACGAGUACGACUACGAGUACGAGAUUCUCUCAGCACUAAGUAGUGCACGCGGGAACUAGUGUCAUUUGGGCAGCAAAAUGUGGUAGCUGUCGUCAUUCUACUACGAGUUUUCGCGCGAAUGUUAGUUUUAUCAUUUUGCGAUCGGGAGAGCACGUAGCCUCGAGAUAACCAUGCUAACUUCUCUAGUGAAAAAUGUUAAAAUGAAGCUUUCCGGGAAGUCUCUAUUUUGAGAAGACGCGAAAAAACUUCAAGUCAAAUCUCGUACUCGUAGUCGUCCUCGUCUUCGAAUGUAAAGGUCUCUGUUAGCAGUUAUCUCCAAGUUUUUAUUCUGUUCUUUAGUUGUCAUUAAUAACUGUAUCUCUUGAUGGAUUGUUCCGCGCUUGACGUAUCCAGGGGCUUGAUCCACUUUUGGCAGCCAACCCCUAGACUGAACAAUGCUUGCAUGACUGGGACAACAGUGCAACCCAGCUAUGAGCCUCCACAGAGUCACCUGUCAUACGCCCAAAACAAGGCUGCUGCCUAAGAAAAUAUUUUAACAUUUUAAAAUAAAAAGUUAGGAGCUGGAGCCACAUUUCUAGGAGCCCAUUGAUCGAUAAACUUAAAUAAGUAAGCAGAUGCUCGAAACUCGAUUUGUUGGAGUUUUGAGUUUCCAGAAAAGUGCUUGUUUGUUUACUUUUAUCAGCGGAGAUUUUUCGCCUACAGUCGACGAACACUCAUUUAAAGUUUUCAUUUCAAAAGCUCAUAAUGAGCAGGGAAUUCUGUUGUUCAUUCAUUGGAAGAAGCAUCGAGGCUAUUGCCUUAAGAAUCAUAAGUUUUAGGCCCCUGUGCGGGUUCCUUGUUCAAAAUUGUAGUCGCCCGUGAGCAUAUCGUACAAGCCUCUGGUAACCAGGCGACCGUUAGGCAGCAGCCUUGCAAAAUAUCAGUGGAAAAGCAAAGGGGAAGGGAGAGGGGGACUAACGGGCUGAAUAAACCUAUCCCAAGCGCUGCUUGGUGGAAAGAAGAAUUUCAUCCUGCUGCCCAAAACAUGUCCUUGAACAAUCACAAUCAAGGGCGGAUUUAGGGGUGGGCCGAGGGGGCCGCAGCCACCCCUUUUUCUUUGAAAUUUUGUAUUAUUCUCAUAGAAUUCUCAGAAAAAUAAAAAGUACCUACAUAGCUGGAAAGUGUCGCGGCCACCCCUUCUCCUUAUUUUCUGGAUCCACCGCAGACAAUGUAGUGUGUAGUGAAGUGUAACGUCACAAAAAUUUGAAUUUGUAAAAUUAUGGGAUUGACCAAGAUAUAUUUUAGAAAGAACAAGUUGAAAACUUUUGUCGCGCCUUUUCUCCCAGCCCGACUGACCGCCCCUGGGUCUCCGAGGAUGGGUGACAGCCAAAAUUCAGCUGGGUAAAGCAAAUUGGUGGUGAGAUAUAAGCAACGCUAUGCUCAGAUGCCUCUAUACGUAUCCUAAAAUUGACCAGGAUUUUAGAAGUAUUUGUAGGGAGUCAUCUGAGCGGCAUAAUUUUGUCAUAGGUAACUGCCAAAUUUGCUCUAACCAGCUGAAUUUUGGCAAAUGGACAGUUUUCGUCUUGUUCUUUCCGAUUAUCUUUUCUAAUCUUAUAAUUUCUUAAAUUUAGUUUUUGUGACGUCAUCAGUUCACUACUCUGUUACUUAGCAUGCAAUAACGGACUGACCACUGGCCACUAGCAUUGAUGGCACUCUGUCGAUUGCAUUUAAAGCAAUAAAAAAUGUUAUGAAUCCUAGCCUGGAUACGUCAACAAAACGUUUUAGGUUCUUGUCCUGAAAAGAAUUUGACUCAGUGUACAGAAGAUUCUUGUAACUGUGUGUUUAACUAGAAGGUACCUUUUGGGUCUCAUGAAUUGCUGAAGUCUGACAGACCACCCAAACGUUUAAUUUAAGUUCAGUGUUGUGUUAAUUAUAACUGACAGGAGUGUUUUUUUUAUCAAGUUUGAAAAACAAGGCAGUGAUCAGUGCUUUAGACCUGAUAAAACACAAACUACAAGUUUUUUUUCUUUCAUCUAUAUUGUAGAUCUGUUGAUUUUUAUUCUUACAGUAACUGUUAAUGUGGUUUCUGUUUUCCUAAGAAAACCAGAACAAAAUUUUCCGCUGUGUUUGAAAACUUAAUAUUUAUUGAAUUUUAAAGUCCUUUGCAUUUUUUCCUGAAACUAUGUAUUUAUUACUUUCCAAGGGACAAAAAUAUAACUGUUUUUGAAAGGAAACAUUUGCUCAUUUUCGUUACUAUGCUUAUUCGUGGUAACUUAACUUGUAUUUCUCUUUCUUCUUUCAGAAACAUGUGUAUUUGCUUAUUUAGGAAUGGCAAUUUUUAGUUUCAAACAUCAGUUUAGACCAGCAUUUGUUAUAUGGACUAUAGUAAGUACCGUUCCUGGUGCAAAUCAAAUCCAUGAAAGCUAAAGCCUUCUGCGUUGGUAGCUUAGAAAAAAAUUUCUUAAAAAUGUAAAUAUUUGCUGAUUUCUUUCUCUAUCUCUCUCUUUUUUUUUUAGAUUUUGUGCUUACUUGGAAGAGCAGUAAACAUAUAUCCAUUAUCUUCACUUGUAAACCAAUUUAGAGAUGUCAAGAUUUCUAGAAAGACACAGUUUAUCAUGUGGUUUAGUGGUAAGUUUUUUUUUGACACUUUCUUUUUUGGGAGCAGUUUAGUCCUCGUUUCAGCUGUCGUUUGUGGUCGACACGCCCGAAAGCAGAGUUAUUUCGCCCGAAAUUUUUAGUUAAGUCGCCCAAAUGCUGACUUAUUUCUCCCGAAAUAUUAUGAUGCUCAACAACAUCCCAACAUGCCUGUAACAUAUUUAUCGUUGUUGUUUCGUCUCAUUGAAGUUUGAAGAACGAGAUAUAUUUUACAUUUAAAUAUCCCGCUUGUUUCGUCUCAACAUGGUUUGAAGAACGAGAUAUGUUACACACACUCUUUAUUUAAAUUUAUUUCUCUGUGUAGUACACCUGAUAAAAUUUCGGGCGACAUAACUCACCCUUUGAGCGAAAUGACUUUUGGGCGACAUGACCGGUCUCUUUGGCAUUAACCAGGCUUAAGGUGGUGUUAAAACAGUCCAGGAGAAUCUAAGAUAAUCGUUAUUGAACAAGUACAAGAAAACAAUUUGUACUUUUUUGCGUGUGCUGUUGGGCGAUUACUCUGAUACCGGCAGCUUAAAUUUGAUGGAAAUCGCUAGGAGCUCUCAGUGUGCUAGUGUUAUUGGCGAACGUUUGUCGAACCGGGAUUGAAGGAGAAGGAGAAUUUCCCCUACAAAUGCCAACGGCAAACGGCCUCGACGGAUAACACUCUCCUCGAUCUUCAUAAUUCAUUCGUAUCAUUCUCAACCUUUGGCCUAGGCCAAACGUCGAACUUUUCAUGAGACGAACCAAACUCUAAUUUAAGUUUCUGUUGGAUCAGACGUCGUAUUUAGGACGUAUCGAACCAAUCAACUGAAUCAGAACAAAAAGCAAAUUCAAUGAAUUUUCCUCCCGAACGAGGCUGAAUAUCCAUUGGCAUACAAGUUUUUAAUUAUUAGUUUAGUUCGUCGCAUUUGAAGAUCGACCUUUGUCCCGGAGACGAUUUCCAGACGUUGUAUCCAGACGUUUAGAACGUAGUGGACGAUCCAAUUUUAUUGAGGCGAACUUAACUGAUCCAGACCUCAACUUUUCAUGACCUUAGCUCGUUUAGUUUGGUUCGUCUCAUAAAAAGUUCGAUGUUUGGCCUUGGCCACAGGCUACCUCCGCACGAAGCCGGAUAUUUUUGAAACCACAUACUUUUUUUUACAAGAAUCGGCCUUCCUCCCACACGAAAAGAGGUGAAUCCGGUUACCGAAACCGCUUUGUUUUGAAACCGCUCUCCAGAGUGGUUUAUACCCCGUCCACACGAAUCUGAAUAAUACAUAUGCGGUUUUGAAAAUUUCCUGAUUCGUGUGAGCUUGGCCUUGUUCAGUAAUUGCUUAAAAACAGGGCUGCUCAAAGUCAAUCAGAUUAGAGAAUUUUGUUUUAGUAAUGAUUACUCAUGGACAUUUUUAGAACCAGAAUACACCUCAUAUUAAAGCAGCUGUGUCACGAAAUUGAUUAAAAUUCAAACAGUGGGCUGGGUAACUGCCCAGCUACUCCUCCCCUAAGUCAACAUUAACACUUACUUCUCACUUAGGGCAAAAUUAUGACUUAGGGAGGGGUAGGUGGUCAGUUACCCAGAAUUAACUGCUCAAAACGUUAACAGAAGGUAUUACUAACACAGAAAAAUACGGAUGGACGAACGUGAAGAAUAUUGAAACGGACUGCAGUUAUGGUUUUUGACAACUUGUUAGCCUAAGAGUUUUUCAAAGUUUAUUUUUGCUGAUUGUAACGUUUGAUAUAAUGCUUGUGAGGCAUGUUUAAUAGACACGAAGCUCGAUUUUCUCAUUCACAAGUAAUUUUUUUCAAGUUUCAUGGCGAAUAAUGACUCAUAACUGGCGUUAUAAACAAAAUGAACUAGCCAUCCACAGGGAUGCCACGUAGUAUAUCAAGCAUGAGACGCAGUGCUUCAUCUGUUUUCUGUUUUUACACACGGCCUCCUUGAUUUCGUCCACAAAAGAAAAGUAGAAAUAAUAAAAUCAAAAAUAGAAUCUAAAAUCUAAUCAAUCCUUCAAUCAAAAAGAUAUGAAGUUACAUUUACAUAUGCUGAAGGAAAUACCGUGUUUAAAUAAAGUAACCUUACCUUACCUUACCUUACCUGUGAGAAGAGAGUUGAAAAAGGACGCGCAGCGGAGUGUUUUUGACGAAAUUCGAGGUGUUUCAUCUGGUGAUGAAACACUGUGUCGAAUGCUUGAUGUUACUUCUCAAACAAAAUGAUUUUAUCAAAUAUAAAUUUAGGAUGCCAAAAAGAGCAGUUUUUCCAAACACUCGUUAAACAUUAAUUUCCUUUGUAUUUUCUUUAUGAAUUAUUAAUGAGCUUGGGAAUAAGAUUUCAAGUUGCCGCGUAAAUACAAAAAGUAGGCGGGGAAUCAAACAGCUAGGGGUUUCUUUUGGUUCUAUUUCUCCUCUAUUUUCCAAUGAGAGUAGCCGGGGCCACAUUUAUAGUAGCCAGGGAAAAAACCCCUGGCCCACGGCCUUGUCAUCCUUGAAACAGCCCCUUUUAAGUGUUGUUUGUUUGUUUGUCUUCUCAGGGUUACGUGGUGCCGUGGCCUUCGCCCUUGUACUUCAUCUUCAACUGGAUGAUGAAAAGCGACAUGUUCUUAUCACAUCUACGCUCAUUAUAAUCAUGUUCACAAUUCUCUGUUUAGGUGGAUCAACUCUUCCCCUGUUGAAGGUGACUUACGCUUCUUGACGUUGCACUGAUGUACACCUUUUUCAAAUUUUUAUUGUCCUCACUGAACUUAACAACGGCGGUAAUGUUUGUAUAUCAGGACUAUAAAAUGCACUUUCAUGUAAUUGUCUGUCUAUACGUGCUAUGUGAAUAUUCAUCGUCGUGAAAAAGUGCUUAAUGAAUGUGUACGGACGAAAAUGAAUUUCGAUUCAACAAAAUUAAUCAAUGCGUUUUCAUAGAGAUGAAACUGAUAACUGCGUUAUUGAAAGUUUUUUUUUUUCUGGUAAUGACUAGCAAAAAGUGUAGACUUGAGAGCGUGAAAACCGGCUUACUCUAAAACUUUGUCUCAAAAGAUUUUGGUGAUGGGAUCGAUAUUCCCCUGAAUUCUCAUAUUUAUCAUUUAAUUUUCCUGAGCAAAACGGUUGAUUUUCAAGUAAAAUGGGUUCCUGAAGGUUCGAGAAUCUGUUUCGACGUUUCUUCUAACUUAGAGCCUUUUGGCGUCGGAGCAAGGGUCAGCAGGAGCCGCUUAAGGCUACACUGAAGUGGACAAUUCGAACAGCCCUUUUAAGCCCCUUUGUUCCAAGCCUCCUCUGUUCACUCGGAUAGCGCGAACUGGCCUGGGUACGAAGCUGGGAAAACCGAGAUGUGAGCAAUGUAAGGGUCUGGGGGUUUGGGAUGACGGAACCGCCAGAAAUCUUAAAUAUGAAAAUUGUUAUAUAAGUUAAGCGAAGGAGACACUCAAAUUGUUUAGGGUGUAUAUAGAUAUUAGGCUGGCUCCAGUUGUUCAAAAGUUGGAUAGCGCUAUCCACCAGAUAAAUCAUUAUCUAGUGGAUAAGUAUUAGGGAAACCAAUCGCGCUAUCCAGUGGAUAGAGAUUUAUCCCGCCGAUAGCAUUAUCCACCUUUUGAACAACCGGGGCCUGAUCGUUAAGCCUGAUUCGGGAAUAGUGAUCUAAGAUCUCGGUAUUUGUUUUAGUGCGCUCUUGCUUUGAAGUCGCUGCUUGAAAAUUUGAAAACAUAAUUGCAAAAUAGCUUUUGCUAUUUGUGGGCGGAGAUGGCAAAAUGAUGAGAUAGUGUGUGUGAGAGUCCAUCUUUUCCCCGUUUUGAAAUGGUGCAACUCGCAUGUGCGGCGGUUAUUUCUGCGGGCACCCACUUCACUCUGCCUCUUUCUUUGGGUCUCUAAUGAUUGAAGUUUGCGAAUGUUAUGUCUUUUGCAGUUACUUAAAGCAGAACAAGGAAUGGAGAAAGGCUUAACACUUAGUAAAACACAAACUGAGGUAUGUUUCUAAAACAGUCAAUUAUGUCUCCAGUAACAUGAGAAAGGGCAUCAUUUACUUUCUUGCGUUUGGAAGUCAGAGAGUUUUGGUCUGCAGGGAUAGGGAAUUUGUUAUGCUUAGAUUUUUGGAUUUCCGUGCUAAAAACAUUGCCCUGGUUGAUUUUCACUCCGCAGGGUAAAGCGGUAGAUGCAGACCAACUCACUGAUGAUGAAUGGAGGAUAAGCAGUAGGAAGGCUCUUAAGGGAUUCACACGGCUUGACGCUAGAUAUUUUAUUCCAUUCUUUACAAGGAAGUUCACCAGACAGGUACGUAAAAAUAAGGUUAGCAGUUUCGAACCCAGGCCUUAUAGGCGUGUGCUUGGUACAGUGAUGUCAGUUCUAUGAUCAUCGGUUUAUCAAUAAAUGGUUGCUCGUACUCAAAAACCAGUUUGACGAAAGAAAACAAGAUUGACCAGUCCAGACGUUUGGGCUGCGGAGACGUUAGUGGCUUGUUGCGGUUCAGGCAGAGCCUCCUUUUCUCCUCCUCGAUCAGGGAAACUGCUCACCCACCACUCCCUUAACCCAUGUUUCUCACUGACGUGUGACUUAAGGCCAGAAAGAUGGGUUAGGGGUGGGGUGGGUGGGCAAUUUCCCAGAAACCUAAUCUGAUCCAAGGAGGCUCUACUUGCAGGGUGAAACAGCACCAGUGCAAUUGUUUUUUGAUUUUUUUUGCAAUUCUGUCCCAAAAAAUGGCCAGGUAAGUUGCAAGAAAACUUCUACCGUAACAUCGCCAUCGCAAGCCUGUUAACUCCUUUGUUCAUCCUGCAGGAGGUUCGUAAUGCGCAUGAGGAGAUGCAGAGACUUACCAGUCAGUUAUAUAGUGAAGUACACAGUGACCUUGCAUCAGACGAUGAUGAAGCAGAAAGCAAACUUUGAGUCGCUUUCUUCAUAAUUAAGUUAGACUAAAAGAGAAUAAUUGGACAGAGAGGGAAUCUUAGGGCGUUGGCCGGGAUAUGGGAAUUUCACUGAAGUUAGUUUUGGAGGUUGUAACUAAACGGAAGUCUAAUUCCUGAGACGUCCGCAUAUAUUAAUCGAUUAUUUGAAACGUCAUCAAGUCGACGCGCGACUGUCUCGAAGCAAACACUGCAGAAUAUUGUAAUGGCGACUGUUGAAUUUUCUCUUCAACACAAUGAAUAAAAGUUUGCGGACCCCUCUGGAAACCAGCUUCCGAUGAAUUGAAACUAAAAAUAACUUUGGUGAAAUUCACAUGCCCCAAGAACGAGACUGGGCAUUUCCAUCUCUGUUCCAUUAUUCUUUCCUGGUUGAGGAGCUUUGUAAAUACGUUUCCUAAAGGAAUAGUGGGGAAAAUUUGAUAAAAUUAGAGAAUUUAUCCUGACUGAUCAUAUCCUUAUUUUUCAUGACCUCGGUGAUUGUUUAAGCAUUGACGUUAUGACGAGAAAUGAGGAAAUAAUCACUAUUGGGGCUUACAGGGUAAAGUCAGUUCUUUGUCCAGCAGGGGUAGUAGGAACGUUCUUGGUGAAUCUCAGUUAUAACAAAUAUUAAGGAACGCGUCAAACUCUUUACUCAAUUAUCAUUUACGUUCGGCUUCUGUGAAGUACAGCAUUUGAGCCUGUUAAGUUCAGCUGAUUGGUUCGGCUUAGCCUACCCUGCAAGCAGAGACCCUUCGAUCUUCCUAGUUACAGUCAAACUUCUUUAAUACGGACAACAAAGGGACAGAACCAAGUGUCCGCUUUACAGAGGUGUCCGUAUUAUAGAGGUAGGGAAUGUGUGAUUUUUGGCUUUUGUGGGACCAAACGAACUGUUCCUAAUAGAGAGGUGUCCGUAUUAUAGAGGUCUCUGUAAGGAGAGGUUAGACUUUAUAUCCAGGAAGAUCGAAGGGCCGCACUCUACUGAAUUUGUCUUCCAAAGCCAAUUAGAACUUUUUCUAAAGUUUGGCUUAAUUAAGGUCGGCUGUUUGACACCACGUCAGAACUUAACUAGGUCGACCCAAAAUGUUAUCAAGUUCGGCUCAUGUGAAGCACGGCGCCUGACCAGGGUCUAAUUAUCAAUAGCCCGUGAAGGGUGAAACCAAAAAUUAGUUAUGAUUGAGGAAGACUAAACUGUCUAAAAAGGUAACAAAUUAGACGUUAUUUAAAACUGCCACAGUGUAUAAACUUGCCGCAGUUAGUGUAAGAUAGUAUAAAUACGUUUAUCUGUUUGUGCAAUGUAACUGUGUGUUUGCUUUGGUAAUGCGUGACUAUGCCAUGAUUGGCUUUAAAAAUCUCUUACUAUUUUUUAACCAGUCAGAAGUGUAGUAGAAUCAGUAGGCUUUUCCCACGCUUUUUGAGUUUUUCAUUUACAGAUGACCGGGUGGGGUGGGGUGGAGGUUAUUUAUUUAUUUUUUCGGUAGCCCUUCAAAGGUAAGAGUGAAGUCAGAGGGUAGACUGUGAGGUUUUUUUGCUCACUUAAGGGCGGCGAGGGUGGGGGAGGGGGAUAGAAACUGUUUUGAGGCUCAGAAAAUUGGCCUCCCCGAGACGUUCUUGUGGCCGUUCACGCAACCUCCCCGAACGCGUGACAAACCCCUAAGAACGUCUGCGUGGGAGGCUAGGACAAAACGCGCGUGAAAAUUUUCCCCUGUUAAUAUCAUGGGUGAACAAAUAACGCUGAAAAUCGUGUUUUUACUUCUUUAUCGUAUCCAGAACUCCACGCACUGAAAAGUGUGGGGCGUAAAUUUUGGCCUAAGUUUUAUUUUUCGACAAAGUACCUGUUAGAAUCCUCGUAGAUGUGCUCUUUCCGUGUGUUAAGGUUUCUUAAAGCGUCUUUUAAUGUCCUGACAUCUUCAUUUAUAAAACUUUAAAACUUCGACGCCCUCUUUGCACGGAGAGGUACGGAAUGUUGCCAUGGCAAUUUUGUAAUUUCACACGUAAAUUUAUAAAUCAACGCUGAAGUUUCGCGCUAAAUUUUAGGGUAAUUUGUCACCUAUGAUAUUAUAAAUAAAAUCCCUGUAUGCCUGCUGUCUUUACCGGUGGUAAUUGGCAAAAGAAGUUACUUUUUUGACACCCUUGUGAAUACUGAUUUAUUAUUUAUAUUGUUUACAUGUUUAUGGUAUUUUUUUAUUUUCAUUGGGCGUAACCUCACAACUUGUAUAAAUGUACAGUUGUUCACAAUAUACUUUGAACUUUUUAAACUCUCGAUAACUAGACGAAAAGCUUAAUUGUUAACGGUUUACUUUGAGAAUAAUAUGAAUUUAAAUAGCCUUGGUAUAACCUAAAUUAAAUUUAUUUAUCUGAGAAUUUAAGUAUCAGGCCUUCCUUCGGGCUAAGGGAAAGAUGAUUUUAAAGGAAUUCAUCCAGGCGUUCGGAUAGUGAGCGUGGCGCGAAGUAAGAGAGCGAGGAAAAAAUAAGGGGGAAGAGGGGGAGAGGAGGGAACCUUCGAGGGUUCCCUCGCUCUCACCCCUUACCCCGCCCCCUCGCUGUUUUUUUCUGCUCACAUCUCUUUGCGCCGUCCCCACGGUCUGAACUCCUGGAACAGGCUAUUAAGGAAGAAGAAUUGAAGGGGGAGGGAGGGUGGGGGGUGGGGGGGUUGAGCGGAGAGAGAGAGAAAGAGGGAAGAAGUUUCUCUCCCUCUGCUUCUC